AUGGCGAGCAUUAGUCCAAGUCGUAUUUGGCACCUGAGACAUCAACAUGAUCAAUCCGUUCAAUCAAACCCAAGGCCAGAUCAGAACCGUGCCACUGAAAGACCACAAGAUCAAGGAGCGGAAAACACCCUGAAGCUUUUACAUGACGUGAUGAUCGAGGCACUUGGUAACCAAGGCAGGCGUACUCAACCUCCUGAAGUUUCAAAGUUGUUAUCUACCAUGAAGAACAUUGGAUCCUACAAGUUCAAGGGACGAUCAGAUCCUAUUGAAGCUGACAAGUGGAUUACUAUGAUGGAGAAGAAUUUUGAAGCCAUGGAGUGUCCGGAGGAAUACAAGAAGAAGAUCGCUGUGUACUAUUUGGAAGGAGACGCAACGGGCUGGUGGGACAGUAUAGACAGGCAGCGUGGAUACACAAUCACAUCAUGGGAAUCGUUCAAGGAAGAGUUUGAAAGGAAGUACUUUCCUCCAGAAGCGAAGCAUCAGUUAGAGCGCCAGUUCAUGAACCUUGUUCAAGGAGAUAGGCCGGUAAGGAGUUAUGAGUCGGAGUUCACAAGGUUGAGACGACAUGUCUUUGAUGGGUGCGAAGAUGAAGCAACUAUGAUCCAGGCGGAAAGGAAGACUAUACAACAUUCUGGUGGAUACACCAAGUUUAACCAAGGCAAAAGGCCAAAUUUCAACAACGGUCCAAGAUCUCACAAAGGCAAAGGGCGAGGAUUUGGAGGCCAAGCCAACAAUCGUGGUAACACUGGGCCGGGACAUAUUUCAAGGUUUUGUCCCAAAAACCAGCGGAAUAACCAACGGAGUAACCAGAAGGGUUAUUCAUCGAUCAGGAUGGAAGAUGUCACUUGUUUCUCCUGCGGUAUGAAGGGUCAUUAUGCAUCGUCAUGUCCAAACAAGCCAAUCCCUGCGACCCCUCUCGCGAUCCGAGCUCCUCCUAGCCGUCCAGCAAUUGAGCCAGCACCAAAGAAGAACCAUACAUGUCGCUGGAUAAACGUGGCCGUCUUGACCCCUGCAGACCGAACCCUUCAAGCGGAUCAGUGUAUCAAGAAUGUUCCAUUGGUCAUCCAAGGGAAAGAAUUUGUGGCAGAUCUGUUAAUCGUGCCUUUGGAAGGGUACAAAUUCAUCCUUGGAAUGGAUUGGUUAUCGAGCUACGGAGUUCAGAUCGACUGUGGAAAGGGAAGGCUGUUGUUUGGCAGAGGUAAACGACCAGAGAUGGUAUACUAUGGAAUCAGUCCUAGUAUGACCGUGUCUUUGGUAGCAGCAAUGAGAGUACAAGAUUUGUUUCAAGACGGGGAAGUGUAUUUGGUGACUUUAUCGGUUAGUGGAGGAACCGCUAAUGAUGAAGUUAAGGUUGAAGACAUAGAAGUGGUCCAGGAGUUUGAGGAAAUAUUUACGCCACUAAAGGAAUUACCUCCACCUCGGAGUAAUCCCUUUACCAUUACUUUGGAUCCUGAAGCAAAACCUAUAGCUAAGGCACCAUAUCGGAUGGCACCUGCAGAAUUGGCUGAGCUCAAGAAACAAUUGGAGGAUCUUUUGGAAAAGGGAUUCAUCCGAUCGAGCUCUUCACCUUGGGGAGCUCCUGUGCUAUUUGGGAAGAAGAAAUACGGGAGCAUGAGGUUGUGUAUUGAUUAUCGUGGUAUCAACAAUAUCACGAUAAAAGACAAGUAUCCUCUUCCGAGGAUAGAUGAGUUGUUGGACCAACUUAGAGGAGCUAGUUGGUUUUCGAAGAUUGAUUUGGCAUCAGGGUAUCACCAAAUUCGUAUUGCGAAGUCAGACAUCAUGAAGACGGCGUUUCGGACAAGGUAUGGGCAGUACGAGUUUGUAGUUAUGCCCUUUUGUCUCACAAACGCACAUGCGGCUUUCAUGCGUUUGAUGAAUGAAGUGUUUCACGACUACCUCGACAAGUUCGUGAUCAUUUUCAUUGAUGACAUCCUGGUGUACUCGAGAAGUAAGGAGGAGCAUAGUGAGCAUCUGAGACUGGUUAUGGAGAGGUUACGAAAUCAGAAGCUAUUUGCCAAGUUCAGCAAAUGCUCAUUUUGGAAGAGAGAGAUAGGAUUUCUGAGUCACAUAGUAUCAGGAGAGGGCGUGGCUGCUGAUCCAGAAAAGUUCCAAGGCAUACGGGAAUGGCCUCGACCUACCACUGUGACGAAAGUAAGGAGUUUUCUCAGACUUGCGGGCUAUAAUCGGAAGUUUGUUAAGGAUUUUUCCUCCAUUGCAAAGCCUUUAACUAACCUUACCGGUAAAGGAGUUCCCUUCUUAUGGGUGAAAUAAACCGAG